AUGGCAAAGGCAACAAAAGCGAAGGCUCGUCCCGUGUCGACUCGCUCCCGCGCUGCACGCCGUGAGGCUUCACCCUCGAUCAACCUUGACAAGUCCAUUACCUCAGAGAAGACCACCAAAGAACCCGCCGAAUACCACUCCGGCGCACACGAUGCAGGCGUCUCAAAGAAGAAGAGAUCAAAGCCCUUGACCCGUGCUCAGCGCGUGCGCAAGGAAAAGGGUCUGGAGCGUGGUGAAGCAAACCUGGACGUUCUGCACACAAAGAAGGCAAAGAGUUUCGUUAGAGCCAGGAGAAUCGAUGACCGUAGAGUGGACUGGGCUACCAUGAACGAAAAGGCCAACCGCUUCGUACAGCCAAAGGUCGCAAAGGGGUCAAAGGCUGUGGACAAGGACGCCAACUCAAGCGACGAAGAGCACCCCGGCAGACCGUCCGUCUUCGCCAUGCCUGGUGAUGAAUGGCAAGAUGAGGAGGACGAGGAGGACGACGAUGAUGGAGCAGACCAGUCUAUGGAGGUACCGAACACGGCCGACCCAGUCAACAAUGUUGCCAACGACGACGACGAUGAGAUCCUCUAA